AUGGGAAAUAUCUCUACUUUUAAGUUCUUUAUUCUUUUUGGGCUGCAGGAAUCAGGAGUUUACAAGCCUCUGUACUUCUUGUUGGUGGUUGUCCUUUACAUCCUCAUUAUUAUAGUCAACUUAACUUUGAUCUUUAUUGUGACAGUGGAUAAAAGCCUCCAUGAGCCUAUGUACAUUUUCAUCUCUAAUCUGUGUGCAAAUGGACUUUAUGGGACUGUUGGUUUUUAUCCCAAAAUUUUGCUUGACCUGCGAUCUGAUAUUCACAUGAUAAGCUACAGUUGGUGCAUGAUUCAAACGUAUGUGAUUUAUAGCUCUGCACUGUGUGAAAUGUCAGUUUUAACAGUGAUGUCUUAUGACCGCUAUGUGGCAAUUUGCAGACCACUGCAAUACCAUAGCAUUUUGACUCCACAUGCUGUGUUAAAGUUGCUUUUAGUUUUCAUUUUAAUUUCUUAUGCUAAUAUUAUCCAUGUUUGUAUAUCAAUCAGUGACGUACAGCCUGCUCUUAGACACACAAACACUGAAACAAGUGCCUGA